ACCCAAUCAAAGUGUUUAAUGGGCGGAGCUUACGACUGUCUUACUGCUGUAUUCAGACUCCACAGGUUAAACGACGAUGGCGAGCCAGGGGAAAGAUCAAGUUUCAGGUCAGGUUGAGACCGAUCAUGAUUCGGCACAACGUGUUACUACUGCAGGGCAGGGAGGAGGCCGGACAGAGAUGGACGCUCAGUUUCGCAAAGCUUAUAAAAUCGACCCAAACGAGGAGUACAACAUGAAGCACAAACGCAGAGGUCUGGCUCUCAUCUUUAACCAGGAGAACUUUUACUGGCAGCUCAGGUUGUACCCUCGAAGCGGAACCAAUGCAGACCGGGACAACCUCAAACGCAGGUUUGAGAAGCUGGACUUUGAGGUGAAGGUUUACAAUGAUAAGAAACAGGAAGAGGUUGUGCACAUCAUCUCAGAAGCUGCAAAAGCUAAUCACGUAGAUGCUGACUGCUUUGUCUGCGUGUUCCUGAGCCACGGGGAAAAUGGACACGUUUACGCCAACGACGGCCAGAUCGAAAUCAAGGACAUUACAUCUCUGUUCAGAGGAGACAAAUGUCCAAGUCUGGUGGGGAAACCAAAGAUCUUCAUCCUGCAGGCAUGUCGUGGGGACAAACACGAUGAUCCGGUCACUCCCAUGGACAUGGUGGACAGCAAGGACGUCAAUCAGGUGAUGGUGGACGCCGGGGUGGUUCAGACUCUCCCCGCAGGAGCCGACUUCAUCAUGUGCUACUCGGUAGCCGAGGGUUUCUACUCUCACCGUGAGACAAUGAACGGUUCCUGGUUUGUUCAGGAUCUGUGUGAGCUGCUUGAGCAGUACGGCUCCACGCUGGAGUUCACCGAGCUCCUCAUGCUCGUCAACCGCAAAGUGUCUCACCGCAGUGUGCAGAACUGCAGAGACCUCUCAGCAAUCGGCAAGAAACAGGUGCCCUGCUUCGCCUCCAUGCUCACCAAGAAGCUCUACUUCAGGCCCAAGAGCAGGGACUAUGUGUAGACACACUCACGUACACACACACACACACACAUCAGAUUUUGAUUUAUCUUUCAGCUUAAAGCCAUGAUACAGCAGGAGAGAGAGGUGCAGGGGAACAGUUACUUCGUUUACAAAAGCUCACUGGGUUUACAAAAGUGAUAUUCAUGCUCAGACGCAGACUCAUGAGAGGUUUGCUUUCUUAACACUCUGCUGAGGAACCAAUGAGCAUGAACUGUUAUUGCAGGAAACAUGGAGCUGUAACGAGACCAGUAAGAGUUAUGUCAGGGAAUAUUGUGUUGGGAAACUGAUGGAAAUUGAGGGUUAUCUUAUUAAAACUAGGGAACAAAUCUGAGUUGCAGCUAAUACAAAAAGGAUUACUAGGAAUAAUAAUAAAAAGUAAACCAGUAAAAAUGGUGCAUUAUCUCAGGCUUUCAUGGACAAUGUCAUCUUAAUAAGGGCAUAGAAAUGGAACCUUAACCUUAUAUAACCUUAUACUGGGUAACUAGUAACAGGAUUAGUUUGUGGAACUUUUAGGGUUGUUUAAAGGGGACCAAUGACAGUAGUCAGGUAGAAUAAGGAACCAAUGGAAAUCAUGGAACCAGUUUUUAAAAUGGCUGUUCUACUGAGAACCCAAUGAAAGGAGAAGAUAAUAUCAGGGAACUAAUUAAAAUGCAUGGUUAAUUUUAUAUGUCACGCUGGAUAUAAGGGGGUCUGCCAAAUGCUGUAAAUGUACAUGUCAUUUCAGGGACUUAACAAACAGCAGGCUUGGUAGGGGACAAAUAUAAAGGUUGGAUUAUCUCAGGGAUUCACUGAAAAACAAAGGGUUAGGUUUGAGAGCCGAUAAUCAAUAAAUGGUUACCUCAGGAAUCCACUUAAACAUUUCUUUCUCAAGUUUUUCGAGGUCUCAGACGUACCGAUUCCCACCGGUCUCGGCAGCAAAGCUUCUCCUUUCCUUCAGGCGCUGAGGUUUCUGUAAUCGUUUCUUAAAACUGGUGGAACUCUGCAGAUGUUUCACUUCCCUCAUCCACACAUGGUGAAUUUUCCUGACAUUGGUGUUAUUAGUAAAGUCUGAGCACCGAGUUUGAUUCACCUGUUUAACCGGUUUGUUUUCUCUGAAGCAAAAAAUGCAAAAGAAACGAGCACACAGAUUUCCUCUGGGUUUUUUUUCUGGUAUUGUGAGCAGGUGAAUUUGCAGCACAGAGAUUCAUUGUGUUGGUUUUAAAAACUAAUUUAAGGUACGUAAUAAACACAGUAGCCGCUGCUUUACCUUUAAGUUUACCACAGGGUUUAACACAGCUGUACCUGGACAACACCUUUACUUUGGUCACUGGACACAAAAACAUACUUCAAACUAGUGAUACAAUCGUGUGUGUUUUUCCUGAUAAUCCUGUAAAAUCCAAUCAGAGCACAUGAGCAUUAAGGCUAGUUGAGUAAACCUAGCUGAAACAGUGAUCAAGCUCUUCCGUAAACGCCAUCCCACUGACCAGACCUUCCCAAGUGACACUGAGCGCUAAAGAUGAACAUCCUGUUUACAUUUAGUGAUGGGGAAAGCUGACUGGCUGAUGACAGCUAUGUUUGUGUAACUCAGACCUCAUCAUAUGUCCACUCAGAGGUUAGAAACACGACGCCGUACGCCAGAUUUGAGCCUGAUUGGAUGUACAGUUCAUGAGAAACAGCUAUUUGAGUAAAUUUAAACUCCGCCCCUCGAUGAUUUCUUGCGAUGUGGCAGCCAUAUUGUUAUCUUUCAUGAAAUUUAGAGUCUGUUGCAUAUUUUGUUGUUGCAUAUCAGGUUGGUGAACAUUUAUAUGAAAGAAACUAUCAUGCUUGUUAGGAAAAGGUCUAGAAUAUCAUGACCGUAAGUAAAUGUACGCUAAUCCCUGAGUGGACUUUAAUGGUUUCCUCUGGUGCUUGGACCCCUAAUUUCGCUCCCAUGAUCUCAGUCCACACACAUUUACUCUGUAAUUCUCUGUAUGUUUCUUGAAGCAAUAAUCAGGUCAGGUUUAACCUGUUGAUGAUUCAUUAUUGAUGUCACUUCACAAUCUGAGAACAAGUCACACUUUUGUACGCCGAAAUCAUGUUCGUUAGAAAAGGGAAUCCAUGUUUUUAUCUCUGGCUCUGUUAUAGUAAUGAAGCGUUUUAUUCAGCUUGUGUAUAAAUUCAUCACCAGCAUUUAAAAGCUGUAGCAUAAACGUUUGUUGGUCAGUUUUGUGAAUAGUGUGUCCUGUAGGCUGUAGACAGUGUCCAAUCAGGCAUCAAAAUAUCUGAAUAUAACAGACGAAACACUACCAAAGUCUUAACAGGCGAUGAUUAUAUGACGGUUUUUAAACAUUUUAGCACACUGAAGCCUAGAAAACAUUCUCUUGUGUGGAAAGUCACACUGUUAGUCAAAAAAACAUGAGUGUUUACAUUUUACAAGAAACACUACUACUAAGAUUAAAGCUUUUCUCAGAUCGGAUUUAAAACACUGGACUUUUCCAUUAGCACUAACGUGAAGACUUUAAUGCUGUUCUGUUGAGAGAGACACUACAUUCGGGAGAGCAGACGUUGCACCUUGCUGUAUUUUAUAUCUGAUGACUUCUUCUCGUCUGAUUCGUCUUCACCUGUCUGAUCUCUGGUGGUGGGUUUGCACCUUAUAUCACACCUUUAUACACCUUUAUGUUUUGAAUUCAUCCGGGAUGAUCGAUGUUAAGAAUCUGUCUUUAUUCAUGAUGUGGCUGUGGUUUGAGUAAUAAAAGAAUAAAUAAAGA